AUGGAUCCGAUUUCGCAGCAAGCCACCACCCUGAUUCGGGAAGGCGAACCCUCCAAGCCUCGACCCGACAACGAGGUCAAGCCGAACUCGGCCGAAGCUGUCACCACUUCUGACGCGCCUUCAAAGACCAAAAACGCCUCCAAACCCCGCGACAAGAAGAGAAAAGGUACCAAGAAACAGUCGAAAGGCAGCAAGGCGAAGAAGGACAAGAAGAAGAACAAGAAGCGCCCCCAGAUCGACGACUCUUCCGACCUUUCCUCCUCCUCCGAUGACGACAGCACGGAGCUGGACUCGGACAGCGAGGACACAGAUGACGAGGUUGUUGUACGCCGCAGGCGCACGAACAAGAAGGGGCAGGAAUCUCUGAAGCCGAAGACUGUGGGGACCAGCAAGAAACACAAGGCACUUGCCAAGAGCAAGUUGAAGCCUCCUGCUACCUCAGCCUCGGACUCGGAUUCCGAUUCUUCUGGAACUGGCUGGGAAUCGUCCAGCAGCGAGGUGGAGGAUGCUGAGCCCCUCGCCGAUCAGAAGAAGAGUAAGGAUCGCGGCCUGAAUCAGGAUGUCGGAUUCCAGGUGGCUAGGGAACUCCAGCGGAUCCUUCAGCUUGCUCAAACACAUGCUCCUCCUCCUCCCCCUCCAGGUCUUUCUAGUCAUGCUGGCUUAGGUGCUACCCUCGAUCCUGGACUCGGCUCUGGCCUGCUGCCAAAUUCUGGAACCACCUUUCCUCGAUCAAAUGCGUUUGGAGGUCUUCAGGCUAUGGCUAGCGGCCGAGCUCGCCCCACAUACGAGGAUCGUUUGGGUUUAUUUGAUGGUCUGGACGACCCACUGGGACGAGACGUUGGACUCUCCAAUCGUCGAAACCGGCGCGGUGCCUCCCAAGGUGACAGGAAACUGCCUGGCGGUGGGGCCGAACCCCAGAAGCAAAAGUCUAAAAAGUAUGAUUUUAAGAGGGUCGAUCAAGUGUGGGACAACUCGAUUCACAACUUCAAGCUCCAGGACACAGCAGAAUCUGCCGCAGAUAAGAAGUAUGAUGGCUUCUGCUUUCAUGUGCGACGGACCUUUGACUGGGAAGGCAAGUACAAGGCCACGGUUGUUGACGUUAAGAGUAAAGCUCUCCGUGAGUGCCUUCAGGACGUUAUAGGCAAUAUAAAAGGUGUCAGCCUCGUGGACGAAACGCCUAAGCUUGAUCCGAACGUUUUAUUCCUCUACCUUGAAGAUUUGAGAAAGCAUGCAAGACAGCUUAAGAAGCAAGUCAAGAAACCAUCGGCAUCCGACAAGCAGGAACGUAAGAAGGAGGUCAAGUGGCUAGAGGAGAAGAGGCUUCAUCUCAAGGUCCUCGUGAAAUACAUCGACAAGGAUUAUGAACACAUCAAAAACAGCCUCCACCCGAUGCUAGAGCACGGGCUCAUCACAUUCGACCUUCUUUGGGCCUUGUGGAAGCCGGGCACCCUUGCAUACACUACAACGUAUGGGUCUCACGAUGAACCCAGGGUGUUCAAAGUCGACACGGCAGAGAAGCAUUUCCAUAUGAGCAAGGGCGAGUUCUACUACGUCGACGGCAAGUACUUCGAGUAUGACGGCAAGCAGUUCGGUUACGGUCGCAUGAUGGAAGAGAUUGGUGAAUUCCGUGGCGCGAAAAAGAUCACAAGCCUGAGUUCCUAUCCGCUGAAGUACCACAAGAAUGAGGAACAGAUACGCAAAGACCUGAUUGAGCGAGGCAAGAAGUUUGCGGCCCUCAGUGGUGUCCACUACAAGUCGCAUCAGGGAAUGGCGUACUACAAAAAGAAGAAGUCAAUCAUCAAGGUGAACGUGAACGGUCGUGUCAUGAUUGAUCCGGCGAUCCAUAGGAGGAUCAAUCCGAAUUACCCAAUUUCUCUUGUCCGCCCUAAAGAGCAGGAUAUUCUCACAGAAGAUGAAGAGUCAGAUGAUGAGGAUGCUUGUUGCAUUGCAGGCUCCGACUCAGAGGAUGACGGGGCUCAAGAGAGGGACUUUGAGGAAGGCGAGGAGAAGGUCAGGUAUGUCACGAAGGUCAUCAAGGACAACAAAGGACGAAUGUCGAUCGUUCGUAUGACCAAGGACGAGGCCGAGGAGAUGAAUAAGGAGAAGCUUUCCAAAGUCGAGACCCAGGACGACGCCAUUAUUGAUGGCAGCAGCGACGAAGGUAAACCUCUGGGCUCCAAGAAGACUCCGGAGUGGACUGAUGAGGAGUACUUGAUUGCAAGCCCUGUUGUGCUUGGAUUCUCCUUCGGAGAGAAACUCUGGCUAGAGUUUACGGUUUCCGGGGUCCAGGACAUUCGAUGGAAUGAGCAUGCGUAUGAAUCUCUGGUCUUGGAAAAGAGAACCAAGGAAACGGUCAAGGCCCUUGUCGAAUCUCACAAGUAUCACGCCGCAGAGUCCAUCGACGAUGUGAUACAGGGCAAGGGCAAAGGUCUUGUUUCGGUCCUCCAUGGCCCACCUGGUACAGGCAAGACGCUCACAGCCGAGGGAAUCAGUGAACUUUUGAAAUGCCCGUUAUACAUGGUGUCGGCUGGUGAGCUUGGCACCGACUCCCGUGUCCUCGAGGGCGAGCUUCAGAGGAUCCUUGACAUCUGCCAUGCCUGGGGUGCAAUCCUGCUCCUUGAUGAAGCGGACGUGUUCCUGGAGAAGCGCAACAUGCACGACAUCCAUCGCAACGCCCUCGUCAGCAUUUUUCUGCGGCAGCUGGAGUACUUCCAAGGCAUACUCUUCCUCACCACGAACCGAGUCGAGACCUUUGACGACGCGUUCCAAUCGCGGAUUCACAUCGCGCUGCGGUAUGACCCGCUGGAUCUUAAGGCUAAGAAAGCCAUCUUCAAAAUGUUUGUGGAGAAGGCCCGCUCGCAACAGAAGAGCGACAGUGCGCCAUUCACAGAGGAGGAGUACAAUACACUGGCACGGCAUGACCUUAACGGCCGGCAGAUCAAGAACACCGUCAUCAGGGCGCAGGCACUCGCGGUCAAUAAGGGUGAACCGCUGUCGAUGGUCCACGUCAGGCAGAUUCUGGAUGUCCAGGUCAACUUUGACCGUGACUUGAAGGGUGGUACGGGCUAUCAGGAUGCUAUGAGGAGUUACUUCUAA